AUGGCAGCCGUUGAAAUCAACUUGUGCGAGGUCCGCACUCAGAUCAAAGAGAGCCUCCGCAUCCUCAAACCCGAGCACAAGGAUCCAUUCGUCAGUCGCAUCUCCCUCGACAACUUGUGGUGGAUCCACAUCUACGGAAACGCCUGUACAAGCAUCUGUUAUUUCCCUCGAGGAUUCGUCACGGCCGAAGCCGCAAUGAAGCACAUGGCAGAUUGCCUCGUCCAGGACGCCCAAAAGAUGUUGAACAAGGAGGGACGCUUUGUCCAACACUGA